GCACCAGCACCAGCACCAGCAACGACAACGGCAUCAACGGCGAGAGCGGCAGAGGUGUCGGGGGUUGCAAUUAGUGUCGGCUCGCUACGGCCGCGCGACUACGUAACGACUGAAGAGGGGUGCGAGCAGGGUCGGCCGUUAAGGGGUCGAGGGUGUGUGCAGUGCGCGUGAAAGGGGGACAAAAUGUGGUGGAGGUGGCGGUGGAGUGUCGUGACGACGACGACGACGACGACGACGACGACGACGACGACGGUGCUGGUCUUGGCAGCCGUCGUGGCGUACGCGCAGUCGGUGGAGCUACCGGAUCUGGAUAAGCCGAUACCGAUCGUUACUAUCAACGGUGUGGUCGGAAACAAGGCGCAGCUUCCUUGCGAUAUUCAUCCCCCCUUGCAAGAUGAGGUCACCAUGGUGCUUUGGUACAAGGAAGGCGGGAUUGAGCCGAUUUACAGCUUUGACGUCCGCGGCCGCCGGCAGUUCAACAACGCCCAUCUCUGGUCGUCGCCCAAGGCAUUGGGACCAAGAGCUUUUUUUAUCACGGCGACGAAUCCAGCGCACCUCAGCAUCGAUCGGCUGGAGAGCAAGGACGAGGGGAUCUAUCGGUGCCGGGUGGACUUUAGAAACUCGCCGACGCGGAAACAAAAGAUGAACUUAACCGUUAUAGUGCCUCCGUCGAAACCGAUAAUAUUGGAUGGAGAGACGAGGAACAUUUGGAGCAUCGAGAAGCCGUACAACGAGGGGAGCGACGUGAACCUGAUUUGCGAGGUUCGAGGUGGCAAGCCGCCCCCGAGGCUGACGUGGUACCUCGACAACAACGUGAUAGACGAGUCCUAUCACUACAACGCCGAGACCGGGGUAACGGUUAACCACUUGGCGUAUCCUAAAAUUGGGCGACAGCAUCACAAGGCGAGGCUCAUCUGCCAGGCGGGCAACACGAAUCUGGUGCCGCCGCAAACCAAACUGCUCAUCCUCGAUGUGAAUCUAAAGCCAUUGGUGGUUCAAAUCCUGACGAAGGAAGCGCGAGUAUCAGCGGACAAAAAUUACGACGUGGAAUGUCGUACGAGUGGUUCACGGCCGGAGGCAACGAUCACAUGGUGGAAAGCAAACAAGCCGAUCAACAAGAAGAUGGUUCAGACCUAUGCGCGCGAGAACAACGAGAACAACCAGAGCCUGAGUAUCCUGAGCUUCGUGCCAACUAUAGACGAUGACGGUAAAUAUUUGACGUGCCGCGUGGAAAACCCCGCCAUACCUGACAGCACGCUCGAGGAUAAGUGGCGGCUCGACGUGCAGUACCAGCCGGUGGUCAACCUGCGGAUGGGCGAGACUCUGAAUCCGGAUGAUAUCAAGGAGGGCGACGACGUGUAUUUCGAGUGCAGAGUCAAGGCGAAUCCGAAGGUGUACAAGCUCGCUUGGUUCAAAGACGGCAAGGAACUGAAGAACAACGCCACCGCCGGCGUGGUCCUUAGCGAUCACUCGCUGGUCCUGCAAGGUCUGACGCGCUACUCCGCCGGCGACUACACCUGUCUCGCGGCGAACAGCGAGGGAAAGACCGCCAGUAAUCCCGUAUCUCUUCAGAUAAUGUAUACGCCGGUGUGCAAGGAGGGCAGGAGCGAAGUGGUGGUCGGCGCUUUGAAACAGGAAACCGUGUCGUUAGUGUGCUCCGUGGAGAGCCAUCCGGCUCCAUUGACCUUCCAUUGGACAUUCAAUAAUUCCGGCGAGCUGGUCGAGGUACCGCACUCGCGUUAUUCCCACGCAUCGGCGCCCGGCACACCGUCCGUCGCGGACAGUCUGAAAGAGUACCAACAGUUUCACGGAUCCAGGCUGGACUAUACGCCGGCUACGGAAAUGGAUUACGGUACGGUGGCAUGCUGGGCGAGCAACCAGGUUGGCAAGCAACGAACACCCUGCCUCUUUCAGGUCAUAGCCGCGGGUCGUCCGUACGCUCUUCACAAUUGUAGCGCCACGGAGAUGUCGGCGCCCUUGGACAUGGAGGAGCUCGGCACGAAGUCGGGGACGGGGCUGGUGGUGCGAUGCCUGGAGGGCUACGACGGAGGUCUUCCGAUAUACAGUUAUCAGCUCGACGUCGUGGCCGACGAGGACGGGGGUCCGAUUCUGUUAAAUAAAACCGUAGCGGCGGGUCCCAACGGGCCGACUUUCGAGGUCGCGGGUCUAACCACAGGCAGAAGCUAUCGACUUUUUCUCUAUGCGAUUAAUGCGAAAGGGAGGAGCGAGCCUGCCAUUCUCGAGCCGGUGACCCUGAAGGGUGUCGCUAUGUACACGACCGGCAACACCAACGCAUCGAUGCUGAAUCCGUUGUUGCUGGGCUUGGCAGCCACGGCGACCCUUUUGGUCCUGGCCGUAGCUGUAAUCGUAGUGGCGCUCUGCCGGAAGCACUUCACCGGCCGACCCGGGAGUCCAAAGCACGCUCCCAUCGUGUGCGAGCCGCCUAAUGCAGGUGCAACCACCCCGGUGCACCCUCAGACCAAGCAGGCGGUCGAUGACAUCGAUCCGGACAUCAUACCCAACGAGUACGAAAGAAGACCCCUAACGUACACCCCCGUCUACAAGACACCGCCGCAACGACGGAAGAAAGACCGCGCCAGCGACGAGGACGCCUCGCCGGAGAAAAGGCCGAUCGUUCAGCACGGUCUGGACCUGCCGUCGGAUCCGAUGCUCACUGACUGCCUGCCAACGCCUACCAUCAAUUACCCACAGAAUCAUGUGUCUCAGCAGAGCACCUACAAUCAUCCGCCCACGAUGGCGGAUUUCAAGCAGAUGGCAAUGGACGCGUACAAUCAGCGUAACAACCAAAACAUAUAUUAUAGCCUUCAAAGGACGAGCAAAGGGCUCUCGUCGAUGCCGCAGAGGCCCGUCUCGUCAUCGGUCUCGGCGCAAGGCAAAUUCCAUCAGCCGGAAGUGGUGACACGCUCUAAUCGGAUACAAGAGAGUUGUAUAUAAGCUCGAAGGACUCCCCGCGGGAUCAACCCCCGUGAGAGCUUCUGAGACGCCGCUGUCGCCGUCGCCGACGAUUAUAUUUACAAGCGUAAAUGUAACGAACCCGCGCGGCCGGUGAGAAGCGUUGCAGAGAGAACGAGAGAGACCCGUGGAUUCCUGAGACGCGAUUGCGAGGUCUAACGUGGCAUCUUCCCAAUAGUUGGUAUAAGAGAGAGAGAGAGAGAGAGAGAGAGAGAGAGAGAGAGAGAAAGAGAGAGAGAGGAAGAGAGUGUGUGUGUGGUGUGUACGUUUUCGAUAGAAAGAGAGAGAAAUACUUAACUUAACGUUUACUGUACAAAACCGUAGAGGCUGGUUGGAGUGUUCCGGAUCGUAUUGACGGGAACGCGGUCUCUCCUCGAUAUUACGUUACACCGAUCUCGCCGUCGCCGGGGAGUGGGCAUGUUUUCGUACAUAAUUUCGCAGGAGAGACGAAAUAAACGUCGUUAGAGCGAGUCUUAGAGAAGAAGCCCCGUACACGUCCGGAGAUAUUUCUUUACUGACAUUACUGAGAUAUAAGUGGUAUAUCGUACGUACAAAAGAGUCUAACCCCUAAGUAGUUAAUGUCAAUAACGAGAGAGAUGAGGCUGGAUCGAAGCGCGCGCGCGCGCGUGCGGGCUGAAGGAUAUCUCACAACGGCGCUUUAUACUUUAUUCAUACUCCCGAUUACUCGCGAGAGUCGCGCGCAGAAUGUCUUUUUUACGGACCUCACGCGGAAAUUCUUUUGGAACUUUUACAAUCUACAAACUACUUUCGAGUCGGACUACUACUCUCGCAGUCUCCUGCGAGAGAGAACACGGAACAGAAGAGAGGAGAGCAGAGAGGAGAGGAAUGCGUGUGCGCGUGUGUGUGCGUAUGUGCGUGUGUGCAUGUUUUCGCGAACGUAGCUUGUCCGGCCUUAUCCUCGAAAUACUAACGAUAUUAAUGUGAUCGUAUUCGAAGCUCAUCACUGCUCAUGUUUUUCGUACGCAAAAUUUUUUAUAACGACCCGAGAGAAAAAGCGUUAUUCGUUCGAGGGAGGCUUUUCGCCGAAACUCGAGAGGAUCCUCUCCCCUUAAAAGGAGCGACGUCUUCGUUCCCGAUCAGCCGACGCGGCACACGGACGUGGGUUUUACUGUUUAUAUAUGAAACUAGUUUUUGUACAAAGAUCUAUUGUAAAUAGACACGAGCCUGGUCCUAGAGUUAUAGUCACUAAUGUCCGAAUUUCAAUCCGUUACACGUUAAGUCGAGAUAUGUCCGAUCGACGUAAGAUAAAAAAAGCUCGAUGGCAUACGAAUACGAAUAAAGAGAAUACGUUUCAUCUGUUUUACACAAACGAGCUCAUUCGCUUGUCGUUGUCCACUUGACCCUUCCAUGCCCCUCUCCCAUUAAGAAUCGUGAGACGGUGCGAUACGAGGAGGUACGAAAUUCCUGCGGUACGUGAGACGAGAAUUUAUUCGCGCAACGUGUGUACUCGCGUUGCGUUAUAUCCCCCGUACUCUCUCUCUCCACUUUUAACAGGAAAGAAAUCUCGCUACGUGAGAACGCGGCACGAGCGCCGCACUCGCUGUGCGAGUGCGACGCGUACUUAACGCCCGACAUAAUACGAUUCGAUUUACGUCGCUUACACGUCGUGUACACAACUACAGUCAAGUACAGCUCAAUUAUUCUCCGCUUAAACUAAAGUAAAGCGACUGCGAGAAACCUUCGAUCCUUCACGGCUU